AAGACCUGGAUUUGCCGAGCACACGGCUGCCCGGCCAGCAGGAUCUGCAGUGUCUGGCGGAUAUGAUUGAGCUGUUAGGUGGACUAACCUCUGGCAGUUUCUGGGCCAUAAAGAUGUUCGAUUCAUGGGGCACUUUCCCCAAGGGCGUGAUUUAUGGAAACCUAAUGGACAUGGGCAAUUACGAUGAGUGCAUUGGCAUUAACAAGGCCAUGGGCGAUAGCCAUGCUAUAAAGGGCAAGUACUGCUUUGCGGGCCUAUCUUUAGCUCAACUUGGCAUUAGGAUAAGAACCGCCGUUUGUUUUCCCGCCUCCUGCGCCGCAACGCAUAUGGAUACGUUCCUGCAGCAUCUGCUGCAAAAACUUCUAAAUAUCAAAACAACGCAGCCCUUGGUUAGUGAGGAUAGCUGCAGGACAUCGGAUCGUGAACCCAACGACGGUCUAACCAUAUUUACUAUUGUGUUAGUCUCGCUUCUGCUUGCCUGCGUCGUCUUGACAACUAUCUAUGAUUAUGUCUAUUGCGAGGAUCAGACGCAACUACCUGCCUUGAUUAAGAUCUUCUCGGCACGUGCCAAUUCCCGCGCGCUCUUUCGCCUGGUGGAACCCAAUUCGAAUCCCAAUGUCAUCGACUGUCUCCAUGGCAUGCGUUGCAUGUCGCUCAUCUGGGUUAUCUUUGGGCAUCAAUACCUGUUCGCCUUGCUAGCGCCGAAUGUCAACCAAUUUCGCCUGAAAUGGUGGUUCGAAAAUCCGUACACAAGCCUUGUCCUACAUGGUACAUUCUCCGUGGAUACAUUCUUCUUCCUAAGUGGCCUGUUGCUGGUCAUGAUUUCUAUGCGUUCCUUGGAAAAAACUAAGGGAAGAUUAAACAUUCCACUGAUGUAUCUCCAUCGUUAUUUGCGCCUCACGCCCAUUGUGGCUCUGGCCAUACUCGUGUAUAUGAAACUGCUGCCACUUUUGGGUGAUGGUCCCCUGUUUGACAGCAUUAAAUUCGAUGAUUACAGCCAUUGUAAGAGCACCUGGUUCUGGACUUUGCUCUACUUGCAAAACUAUGCAACGCCAGAUCUGUGCAUCAAUCACAGCUGGUAUUUGGCUGUGGAUAUGCAGCUCUACAUACUCUCACCCAUAUUUCUGCUCGCUUUGUAUAAGUGGGGCAAGAAAGCCGCAGCUGGAAUCUUUGUUUUCAUGCUUCUGCUCUCCGCCUGCCUCUUCAGCACGAUGAUGAUCAAGAAAUAUCCUAUAUUUUUGGAAAUCGGACUCACUCCAGAUGAGGCUCAGCGCAAGCUUUACUAUGCCACACACACGCAUGCAGCUCCUUGGCUAAUCGGGGUGCUCCUUGGUUAUUUCCUGCACGUAAAUCGAAACAGAACCUUUAAGUUGAGCCGCAUUGAGAUCUGGCUGGGCUGGGUUGUGUGCUUGGCUUUGAUUUUCACCUCGUUAUUUGUGCUGUAUCCCUUUGCCGAUUGGAGGAAUCCGGUGUUGACUAUGCUGGAAGAGGCCCUUUACUAUACACUGACCCGCAUCGCCUGGCCCCUGAGCCUGUGCUGGGUGGUCUUUGCCUGCAUGAGGGGCUAUGGAGGUUUGGCCAAUAGCUUUCUCUCCUCUCCACUGUGGCAGCCGCUGUCGAAGAUCUCCUAUACUGCCUACAUCUUCCACAUUUUCAUACAGCAAAUUAAUGGAAGACGCAUGCGAACGAGCACCUAUUUCUCCGACUACGAUGUGAUGCUGAUUUUCUGGGGCGGCUUUGGCUUUAUCUUGCUGCUGUCCUACGUAAUGUAUAUCAUUAUGGAGGCACCCUUCGGUGUGCUAGAGGCCAUGCUUAUGCCCAAACGCAGACCAAAUCCAAAGCCUGCUGUCUCCACUGAACCACAAAUGGAACCGAAAAUCUCCGAUACGAGCAAAGCUGCUUUAGAGCCACAGCUAGAGACUGAUACAACAACAGAUACAACAAACUCUGCGCCUUCCAGUAAUCAAUCCUAAGCUUUAUUUCUAUUUAAUUAGAAUAGGUUUCUAUUUUU